AGCAGAAGGGUUAGAAAAGAAGGGUGGGAUCCCUGCAAAGGCAGGGCUCACACCUGGGAGAGAGGGUGGUGACAGCACAUGACAUUCUUUUCUCCCAGGCCAAGCGCUGCCGGACAAGGCGCCCUGUGGUAUGUCGCUGCAAGCCUGGGAGUGUGGGGAUGAGGACCAGGUGAUCACAGAGCCCAUCUCCUCCUUCACCAGCUUCCACCAGUCUGCAAGCCAGUGUGAUGUGGAGGAGUACCUGAAGGCCAAGGCCAGGGCCCAGGAGUCUGACACAGACCAGCAGUCCAGCAGCCAAGAGUCCUCAAAUGAGCCUGCCAGUACCUUCAACUCUGACGUGCCUCAGGUCGUAUCCUGCAAGUUCAUCAUCUCACUGGCCUUCUCAGCCAAUGCUGGUCAUAAAGGAAAAUAUCCAACUUUGAUCGAAAAAUACAGGAAACAGUCUAAAGGAGAAAAAGCUGUUACAAAGACUCGCCGUUUCUACCACAUUGAGUAUUACCUUCUGCCUGAUGACAUACAGCCUAAAAAAGUUGACGUGGUGGUGUUUCCAUCCGUGACCAAAGUGUUCCUGGAGUCCGGCAUAAAGACAGUGAAGCCGUGGCUUGAAGGUGAUAAAAUCUGGGUGUCAUGGACCCAAGCUUUUACCAUCAACGUGACAAAGGAAUUAUUAAAGAAAAUAAAUUUUCAUAAAAUAAGCUUGAAGCUCUGGGACACGAAGGACAAAGUUUCGAGAAGAGCCAGGUAUUAUCGAUUAAAGGUCCCUGGUCACUCGGAAGAUAUCGAAUCUUUUGGUAAGUCACAGGAAGUGAGACAUUUGGUUUUAAAUCAGAGAAGAAUGUCUGAAAAGGGCAUUUCCAAACCCAGCACUAUCAGAGAGGAGUGGAGCCAGGAGUAUCUACCAGGAAAACAAGAAAAAGCAGAAAAAUACUCAAAGUCUUUUCAGGGUUCUUACCAGACAGAGCCUGAAACUUCUUCUAAGAACAGCGAGGAAAAUGAGAAAUCACUCAAAAUGGAUGAUUGUUCCACAGUUCGGUGGAAUAUUUCAAGAGGAUCAAAUGUUUCUUUAGGAGGAAUAAACAUGGCAGAGAUCAAGGAAUUAAUUGAGAGGUCAUCGUUUGGCAGCUUAACAAGCAUGUUAGACAGGAAAAAGUCUCAGAUUAAAAGGAAAGAUUCUGACAUGAAAAAGAAGAUCCAGAAGAGAAGGAAGCAAUCGAAAAUAGAAGAGGAAGGUGAUUCCAAACUGACAGGCUACUGGAAGCAGGGUGUCUUCUCCAUCCAGCUGGCAGUGAUGCCACUCCUUGCCGGAUGGCAGACUGUUGUGAGUCGUGGCAAUGAGAGGACUGCCAGCAUUUUAGAUUGUUUUUUGACUUUACAAACAGAGGUACCUAUCAUGAAUGAAGAACAAAGGCAGGAAUUAAACCCCCUGAUCAUAAAGAUCAAGUGUGCUUCCUGCCUUCCAUCACAACCUGUGCCCAUUCAUGAACUAGAGAGGCUGUGCACUCCAGUGUACUGCAAGUACCAGUUCUACAAGACUCCAGUUCACAAGACAGAGGGGCAGCCCCAUGGAACCCAUGUUUACUUCCAGGACAUCAAUGUCAUCCUCCUUGGGGCGUUGUGCCCCAAUGACCUGAAGGAAUACCUGGCAGGCCCCCCCAUGGUGGUGGAAGUUCAUGAUCGUGACCUCAAGUCAGAGGAAUAUUCCCGGAAGCCCACCCUGUUUGGGGAGGACCCCCUGGAUACAUGCCUCAACCUUCAGGCCCUCAUCUCUCCCAAACAGACAGAGAAUAACCCCUUUGAAUCCCACAACAAGAUGUGGGAUCCUUACGGGGUCGCCCAGGUCAGCUUUGCCGACCUUCUUCUUGGCCACACAUACCUGAAUCUCUUUGUUCCCAUCCACAGCUGUAAGCCCAAGCCCACAGGCCAAGGCCACGACAGCAGGAACAGGAAGGUUGUGGGGUUUCGGGUUCCAACAGACCAUCUCCAGCAUGGCCCAAUGCCCAUGGGCAACUACCUGGAGGCCAACUCCCUCCUCAAGCUGCGAGUGGAUCUCGCAGUGCCACUGCAUUUCAGGACGGAAGCCCCCGACCAAGACCUGGUAGGCACCCAGUUUGGCCUCAUCAUUUUCGUGUUUGACUCCAGGAAGACCUUCCUCCUCCACAGCCUGCUACAGGACAUCACCAUGAUCAAUGCCAAGGCCCUUGACCUGGACUCGUACCCUCUCAGAAACAUCCAGCAGAUCCUGUCAGCUUUUAAGAUGCGGGUGAAGGUCCAGGACCAGCUGGACCUGGAUGUGCUCACUGGUUUCCACCUGCUGGAUGGGAAGAUCCACCUCUUCAUUCUGGAAGGUUUAGCUGACCAAGGCUUGAGGCGGCUGUGGGAGAGCCACCAAAGCCGAAUUCCCAAAUCAGAACAUGGCAAAUACAAGGUGCUCUACAACUCCCAGCUCUUGUUCCAUCACCGCCUCUAUGCAGACCUGGAGACCAUCCUGUACCAUGUGCACCUCUUCAAGCCUCUGUCACUCCUCAUGAAGCACUCCCAGCUCUAUGUCCGGAACGUGGUGCCGCAGGACGCCUUUCAGGCCCUGGUCAGGCUUCACUACAUCUGUCAUCACAGCACCAAGCUCAAGGAUGUGGUCACAAGAGACCUGUUGCCUUCCUCUGCCAUGAUCAAAUGUUUGAGUCAAGAGUUUGGGAUGCCCAUUUCACAAGAAGAACUUUCAGAUGAAAAACAAUUGGCCCUACCACCUCAUCCUGCCCCCAAUCUUGAAGACCUCCGAAGUCGGAAGUCUACCCUCACUUUUGAGAUCCAGGCCCACCAGGAGAAGUACCUGCAGUGGCGGACCGCCAUGAUGCUGAAAAAUAAAGACCAUAAAAUGAGUGUAAUCCAGAAAAAUAUUGCAGGAGCCUAUCAGGUCAGCAAGAAGCCUCUGAAGUCUGUGGUGAAGGUGAUUAGAAUUUCAGCCCCUGUCAAAGAAGCUGUCUACAACUAUAGUAUUCAGGCCCUAAAUUCCACAGAGCUUGCCAAGAAGGAGCUAUAUCGAGAGAUGGCCAAGGAGCCAAGGAAAAGGUUCACAUACUCACAGGACUACCUCUCAGCCAUGGUGGAGCCUUACGACUGGGAGGCAGAGCAGAAGAAAGCCGAGAAGAAAUCCCGCCAGGCCUGGCUCACUGCGAGUGGAUUUCAAGUGCCGGGUCUUCACAGCCAUCACCCCAGGCUGCCACCCGUUGGCCAAACCGAAGAGCUAAAUGAGGAGUGGAAGGAAAAUGCACUGUAUGCUAAUGUGCUGGAGCCUGUGUUGGACCGGAAGAGCUGGGGCUGGGCCCAGCGCCACAUGGAUUUUGAUCUGUACAAGAAGCCUCCCCCUUUCCUCAAGCUGCCCUCUUCUUCAGCACUGAAGCCCUAAACAGGUAACGGACAAGAUCUUUGCAAAGCUGAGCCUCCUGAUGCUGUUGGCAGGCAGGAACUCAGUGCCACUUUGAGUUUCCAGAAGUAUCCACUUUGUUUUAGAUAUAUGAACUUUCUGUGUUGGGAAAUCCAGGUUAAGAACAGGCAUGAUAUAACAGGCUGAAUGAUGGGCUGGAGCUCAGGAGACCUGGAUUCUUACCCCUUGCAAUUGAAUCGAUUCUGACUCAUAGCAACCCUAUAUAGGACAGAGUAGAACUGCCCCACAGGGUUUCCAAGGCUGUCAUCUUUAUGGAAGCAGACGGCCACAUCUUUCUCCAGUGGAAUGGGUUAUGGGUUUGAACCGCAGACCUUUCAGUUAGCAGCUGAGCGCUUAACCACUGCAUCACCAGGGCUCAUUCCUGGAUUCUAGUCCCAGGUAAAACACUAACUUGCUCUGAUUUUGGGCAAGUCCUUUCACUGCUUUGGGCCUAUUUUAUCUAUAAAAUGGGGAGUUGGAGAAUGUUUAAAGGCCUUUGAACUUCAACACUGUGUUACCCAUGACUUCCCUCUGAAUGCCCAGGCCAGCAGCUGGGGUUCAGAGGCUCUGAGCUUCCCCGGGAACUUCUAACACCCUUCCAGCUCCAAGAUGCUGCCUGUUCUCCAUCUGUGGGCUGGAGGGUGGGAGACUGGAAGCAUGGGUCUUGCUACACCAACCCCUCUGAGUCUUCUUUUUUUCCCUCUUCAUCUGUCCGUUUAUGAAGACUGAGCUCAAAAUCAUUUAUAGACCGAUACAGAACCCA